AUGACAGAAUCGGACGAAAGGAUUCUUCAGUUCGAGUUUAUUGUUCGAGUAACUGUUCCUACUAUAUUCGGUGUGAUAUUUUUGUUGGGCUUAGUGGGAAACAUAGUGGUGAUUCUAGUAGUGAUUGGUGAUAAACACAUGCGAAAUACGACCAAUAUCUUAAUUCUGAAUCUCGCCAUAGCAGAUCUAUUUUUUAUAGUUUUCUGUGUACCAUUUACUGCUUCUGGAUAUGCCAUUCCGUUUUGGCCGUUUGGUAAUAUUUGGUGCAAAGUUGUACAGUACAUGAUUAACGUAUGCGCGUACGCUAGUGUAUAUACCUUAGUGCUGAUGUCUCUGGACAGAUACUUAGCUGUGGUACAUGCUAUACGUUCAAUGAGAUACCGCACGGAACGCAAUACAUCUAUUGCUGUUAUUUUAACCUGGGUGGUAAUAUCAGUAUGUAACAUACCAUUAUUAUUGAUGUAUGAAGAAUAUCCUUAUGAACAUUUUAAUGAAAAGAGAUCGGCUUGUUUAAACGUUGAAGAACUUAAAAAUGCAAACGUUGGACGAAUGUUUUAUGGGGUCUUCUUUGCGUUUGGAUACAUUUUACCAUUAGGAGCUGUCUGCGUUAUGUAUGGUUUGAUGUUGAAAAGAUUACUCUAUGGCAUAGUACCCGGCGGCAAUCAGUCAGCGGAAAGCGUCCGCGCCAAGAAACGAGUUACGCGUAUGGUUAUCAUUGUUGUUGUUCUGUUUGCAGUUUGUUGGUUACCUAUACAAGUUAUACUCGUUAUUCAAAAAUUCGGAACAUAUCCAACCGAUAUUUUCUAUAUAGGACUACAAAUGGCAUCUAACUGCUUAGCUUACAUGAACAGUUGCGUCAAUCCAAUAUUAUAUGCCUUUUUAUCUGAAAACUUUCGAAGAAGUUUUAGAAAAGUUUUGUGUUGUUUUAGUCCUCAAAUUAGGAAGAAUACAUAUGAAAGAGCUAGCACUCGAAUUGUGGAUGAAAAAACCAAGAAUACGACUGUUCCUGGUAAACUUAACAAUGAAAAUAACGUUUGA